AUGGAGGUUACUGAAGAAAACUUGGCUACCUUAGCUAAUUACCUUCAACAAACACUUAAUCCAGACACAAACAUUCGUCGACCCGCUGAAAAGUUCCUAGAAAGUGUGGAAAUAAAUCAGAACUAUGCAGUCCUACUGUUGCAUCUCAUUGAUAAAGACACAGUAGAUAUAACAAUAAGAGUGGCUGCUGCUAUCGUGUUUAAGAACUACAUCAAAAGGAAUUGGCCUAUUGAAGAAGAUGGAGUUGAUAGAAUUCAUGCAUCAGAUCGUGCCACAAUCAAAUCUUUAAUUGUAACACUGAUGCUCAAAUCACCUGAAGCCAUACAGAGGCAGUUUAGUGAUGCUGUAUCCAUCAUCGGCAAAUGUGACUUCCCAGAAAAAUGGCCUAGCUUAAUACCAGAGAUGGUGGACAAAUUUAAUACUGGUGAUUUUCAUGUCAUUAAUGGUGUUCUUAGAACAGCACAUUCUUUAUUUAAACGAUAUCGGUACGAGUUCAAGUCACAAAAACUGUGGGAAGAAAUUAAACAUGUUUUGGAUAAUUUUGCCAAGCCUCUUACUGACCUUUUUAUGGCUACAAUAUAUUUGACUACGGAACAUGCAGAUAAUCCACAAGCUUUACGAGUUAUAUAUGGCUCCCUGGUGUUGAUAUGUAAAGUGUUUUACUCACUUAAUUACCAAGAAUUGCCAGAAUUCUUUGAAGAUAACAUGCCAACAUGGAUGCCUCAACUGCUCAAUUUAUUACAAGUUAAAGUGCCAUGUCUUGAAAAUGAUGGCGAUGAUGACAAUCCUGGAGUGAUGGAACAGCUCCGCACGGAAGUGUGCGAGUGCGCGGCUUUGUACGCGCUGAAGUACGAGGAAGAGUUCGCACCGCACGCGCCCGCCUUCGUCACCGCCGUGUGGACCGUGCUGCUUGCCACCGGGCCUCAGCCCAAGUACGAUGCGUUGGUGUCCAAUGCAUUGACUUUCCUGGCCAAGGUCGCCGAGAAGAAUUGUUAUAAGAAUUUGUUUGAAGACCCUGCAACACUCAGCAGUAUUUGUGAAAAAGUGGUCAUACCCAAUAUGGAGUUUAGAGAGUCAGAUAUGGAGCUUUUCGAGGACAACCCAGAGGAGUACGUGCGGCGCGACAUCGAGGGUUCGGACGUAGACACGCGACGUCGCGCCGCCUGCGACCUGGUCAAGACACUGGCGCAGCGCUACGAGGAUAAGAUGAUGCACAUCUUCGGUCAAUAUGUUCAGCUGAUGAUAUCGAAGUACGUGGAGCUGGGCGCGGGCGCGUGGCGCGGCAAGGACGCGGCGCUGUACCUGGUGACGUCACUGGCGGCGCGCGGCAGCACGCAGGCGGCGGGCGUGACGCGCGCCUCGCCGCUCGUGGACCUGGCGCAGUUCGCGGCCGCGCACGUGCUGCCCGAGCUGCAGCGCCCCGACGUAACCGAGUUGCCGGUGUUGAAAGCGGACGCCAUGAAAUAUAUCAUGACCUUCAGGUCCCUUCUACCGAAAGACCUCAUCAGUGCUGCCCUACCUCUACUGAUCGAGCACAUCGGCGGCAAGGGCGUGGUGUGCACGUACGGCGCGUGCGCGGUGGAGAAGCUGAUAGCGGGCCGCAUGGUCACGCGCGACGCGCUGCAGCCGCACGCCGCGGGGCUGCUCGCCAAGCUGUUCAACGCGCUCGGCCAGCAGCUCGACCCCGCCGACCACAACGAGUACGUCAUGAAGGCGAUACUCCGCACGCUGGCGUGUCUCCAGGAGAGCUCGCUGUCGUAUCUGGGCGACGCGCUGCCCAAGCUCGCCCAUAUGCUCUCCGUGGUCGCGAAGAACCCCUGCAAACCUCACUUCAACCAUUAUCUCUUCGAAACAUUGUCGCUGGCCGUCUCGAUCGUCACGAAAGCAAAUCCAAACGCUAUAUCAGCGUUCGAAGACGCUCUCUUCCCAAUUUUCCAAGAAAUUUUGCAAAACGAUAUUCAAGAAUUCAUGCCGUACGUGUUCCAAAUGCUGUCCCUGUUCCUGGAGAUGCGCGGGUGUCGGGGUGGCGCUGGGGGCGCGGGGGACGACGCGUACAGCGCGCUGCUGCCGUGCGUGGUUGCGCCCGCGCUGUGGGAGCGCGCCGCCAACGUGCGGCCGCUCGUGCGCCUGCUGUGCGCCUUCGUGGCCACGCGCGCCGACCUCGUGCUGGCCUCGGGCCGACUCAAUGCAAUGCUGGGAGUAUUUCAAAAGUUGAUCGCAUCAAAAACGAACGAUCACGAAGGCUUCUACCUCAUUCAGACUAUGCUUUACAAGUUUGGAAAUGACGUGAUGUCCCAAUACACGAAGCAGAUAAUAACGUUGCUGUUCCAACGGCUGUCCUCGUCCAAAACGACGAAGUACCUGCGCGGACUGAUCGCCUUCCUCGGCUUCUACGCCGCGCACUUCGGCGCUGACAACCUCAUAGACGUCAUCGACUCCGUACAGCCUGGGAUGUUCAGCAUGUACCUGGAGCGGGUCCUGAUCCCCGAGCUGCAGCGCGUGUCGGGCGCGCUGGAGCGCAAGGCGGCGGCGGUGGGCUGCAUCAAGCUGCUCUGCGACAGCCAGCACUUCCGCCAGGGGGCGCUCGCCCCGCUCUGGCCAAGGCUACUCGAGGCAUUAAUUAUGUUGUUUGAGCUACCUCCCGACGAGUCGACAUUGCUGGACGACCACUUCAUCGAGGUGGACGACGCGCCGGGCUACCAGGCGCAGUACGCACAACUCAUCUGUGCUAAAGGAGCCGACAGCGAUCCCCUAGCUAGUAUCGGCGAGCCCAAGCGCUACCUGGCGCAGUCGCUGGGCGCGCUGUCCCUCGCGGCGCCGGGGCUGGUCCCCCCGCGCGUGGCGGCGCUGGGCGACCAGCACCGCGCCGCGCUGCUCGCCUACCUCUCCGCCGCCAGCGUGCAGCUCUGCUGA